AUGUCUACUACAUUGACCCCUUUCCUCCACCAAACGAGGACCAUUCUCAGAGCCCCCGUGGCUCUCCGGACUUUUUCGACAUCCGCAGGCCGACACCACGCCUACCCGCGAACGCGCGGCGAGCAGAGCAUCCCCUUCGAAUGGGACAGCCCAGCCAACGAACAACCCGACAUCCCUAGCGGUCUCAACAACCCCGAGAAGUCCACAAUCACCCCGACCGAGAAGUUCAUCUUCCAAAACAUCUUUGCCGAUAUUGCGAAGCGCAGCGGCGGCAUACCCUGCAGGGCACCCCCCACGAUGCCGACGCCGCACAGACUUGAGUCUCGACCCCGCGAUGCGAUCCUGAGCAAGUUCCCCCGCUCCCUGCGUCGCGCAGCCCAGGCCGCUUUGGAAAUGCGCGACGUCCAGGGUGACACGCUGUCCUCCUCCCGCGUCUCCUUCAAGCCGGAAGAGGAGGACCUCGAAUCAGACAUGGACCUCGCGGCCGAAAGGGAACAAGCAGCGAGGCUAGAAGCCGCGCGUAACGAGAUUCGGACCCUCGAGAUUGUUAGGCUCCAGGCGCUUCUGGACCAGUGCAACACCGAUGCUGAGGUCUGGGAUGUUCUGGAACGCGAGGUCUUCUCCAUGGUCGCGAAGUUGGGAAUCUCGGAGGGCGAGGCGCAGACGCAGCCACCGCCGGAAGCGGCAAAGAAGGGCAAAGCCAAACCAAAGCAGCGGAAAAGGGCCGAGAAACCCGAACCGGCCCUCGACAUGGACUCCCACGGGCCACUGUAUUCGAUGCACCUCCUCCAGGGCCUCAAGACCCUCGACCAAUCAUUCGCGCGGCCGUCGGCCCUUGCCUUCAAGAUUAUUCCGCGCGUCAAGGAGCUCGGCCUCGCCUCGUACGUUCUCGGCGUCUCGACCCCCUUUUACAACGAGCUGGCCAACAUCCUCUGGUACCGCCACGGUGACACGCAGGCCGUGCUCGCCGUGCUUGACGAGAUGAAGUUUGCAGGGUUGUUCUACGACCAACAGACUCUGCGCCUGGUUGACACCAUCGAGAUGACCUUGGAUUCCUUCCGGCGCGGCCAGCUGGGCAUCUUCUCCAAGGCUAUCGGCAACAUGCCGGGCUAUAACCUGGACGUCAAGUCCCGGCUUGCGCGUUACUCCCAGCGUGUGCGCAAUAACGUCAAGGAGCAGAGGGACAUGGCGAGGUAUUAG